CGGUAAGUUUUUUAAGUUCAAUCUUUCUCAACUUUCUAUCUGUCGUCCUUUUCCUCAUCUGAACUGCUCACUCACCUUGAAUCGUUUCUUUGAAUCGCCUACAUUGGAUUUAUCAACGGCUCAAACAUCCAUCCUCAUAUUUGCUCGAUCAGGUCCCACAGCAUCCGCCGUUGUCAUCCAUCCCCUUUAGAAUCUGCCCGGGGAAAUAACAUUUCACCAUUGUUACUGUGUUUUUUUUUUAGGAAGCUUUAGAAGAGUUCAUCUAAUCCUUAGGAGUAUUGCUAUCACGUUGCGAUCAAAAUGCCAGGUCAGCUUAUAUAUUAUCACGCCUCGAAGAUCGAUUGCGAUUACUGACAGUCCAUAGUCCCAUUGGCUUUAGCAGCUCCAGUAGCUUUGGCUGGGCUGGCAUAUGUCAAUGCUAAGUUUUCUUUGAGCUACGAUUAUCAAUUAUUGGGUGCUGCCAUAAAAGCAUACGCCUUUACUAGCAGAAGGGAAAAAGAGGAUCGUCUUAAUAUGUUUUACAUACUCGAAGAACAUGCCAGAGGAAGUUUCGCAAACGACACGUUCAUCAUAUUUGAAGGCAAGAAAUGGACAUUUAAGGAAACAUACGAUAUAGUCUUAAAAUACGGAACAUGGUUGAAAAAUACCCACAAUGUCAAGCCAGAGGAAAUCGUUGCUAUGGAUUUCACCAAUUCAGAUAAAUUUUUUUUCUUGUGGUUUGGAUUAUGGAGUAUAGGCGCCAAACCAGCUUUUAUAAAUUACAACUUGACGGGAAACGCAUUAUCACAUUGUGUCAAAGUUUCCACGGCCAGAUUAUGCAUUGUCGAUCCAGUAGCCGAAGAAAAACUGACACAGGAAGUUCGAGAUGAACUUCCCGAUAUCUCAUUUCAGAUUCUCACCCCUGACAUAGAGGCUACUAUUGAUUCCACCAAGGGCGUCCGGGAGCCGGAUUCUACGAGACAUGAGCAGACAAGGUCAAAGAUUGGAAUGUUGAUAUACACCAGUGGAACUACAGGUUUACCUAAACCCGCAGUUCUCUCCUGGGGAAAGGCUAAUUUUGGAUCGACUAUCAUGCCCAAAUGGAGCGGAUAUAGUCGACCAGACAUAUUAUAUACCGUGCGUUCAUUCUUCCAUUUGUCUUAUUACAAUACUGAUUUUCCUAGUGCAUGCCUAUGUACCAUUCCGCCGCUAGUGUCCUUGCUGUUUUGGCAGCUCUUAACAUGGGAGCAACAAUAUGUAUUGGAAGGAAGUUCUCUACAAAGACAUUCUGGAAAGAAGUUCGAGAAUCAAAAGCAAAUAUUAUUCAAUAUGUUGGCGAAGUUUGUCGCUAUCUCCUAUCCGCUCCUCCCCAAUAUGAUCCCGUGACAGGCGAAAAUCUCGACCAGAAGAACGAUGUUAGGAUGGCAUUUGGGAAUGGCCUCAGACCAGAUGUCUGGAAUAAGUUUAGGGAACGGUUUGACAUCAAAACGAUUGCUGAAUUUUACUCCGCAACUGAAGGUGCGGGAGCUGGUUGGAAUUAUUCAAAUAACGAUUUUAGCAAGGGUGCUGUGAGUCGUAAUGGAUUUAUCUACUGGCUUUUAUUGAGAAAAUCAUGGGCAGUAGUUGAAUUAGAUGUUGAAACGGAACAACCACGUCGAUCGAAAACUACCGGAUUCUGCACCAAGCUACCAUUUGGAAGCCCAGGAGAAAUGCUGUAUAAGCUUGACCCCGCCGAUAUAAAUUCGGGCUAUCAAGGAUAUUUCGGUAACCAAGAUGCAUCUGACAGUAAAGUCCUACGAAGCGUUUUCCAAAAAGACGACGCGUGGUUCCGAACAGGAGAUAUCAUGACCUGGGAUAACGAAGGAAGAGUCUACUUCAAUGAUCGCAUAGGCGACACUUUCCGCUGGAAAUCAGAAAAUGUCUCCACAAACGAAGUCGCAGAGGCUCUUUCCACUCACCCAGCAGUCCAAGAAGCAAACGUAUAUGGCGUUUCCCUACCACACCAUGAUGGCCGCGUAGGCUGCGUGGCUCUCAUAUUAAAAGACCACAGUCCUGCCGUCAUGAGAGAUUUGGCCGCUCAUGCGAAAAAAGGUCUGCCGAAUUAUGCGGUCCCGGUCUUCUUGAGGGUUAAGAAAGAUGGUCAGGAGAUGGAAAUCACGGGUACGGUCAAGAUGGUUAAACAUGUUGUUAGGAAACAGGGUGUGGAUCCUAAUGUGGUUGAGGAGAGUGGUGAUCAGUUGUUUUGGCUGAAGCCCGGUGCGGAGGAGUAUGUGAGGUUUGGGGAGAAGGAGUGGAAUGAGUUGAAUGGGGGUAGUGUUAAGUUGUAGGUUGUGAUUGUGAUUUUGGGUACGAUAUCCAUAUGAAAAUUGAAAUAAUGAUUGGUAGGCGUUAGAUGGAAUGGUGGGAUACGGAAUUGGUCAAUGGGAAUAUUUGGGCCGUGGGCGUUAAAUACUACCGUCGUCGUCAUAGUUGUUAUUAUUUCCCUUGUUGAUAUUUAAUGCCCAUACUUUUUAUAUGACUUA